AUGUUUGAUGUGACAGUUGGAGAGCUGGUGCCCAUGAAGCCAUGUGAAAGGUGCAGUUGUAGUCCCAAGAUAAAUGCCGACAGCCCCCUGCAUACGAUAGACUGUCAGCCUAUCCCAUGUGACACACACUGCCCUGUGGGUUCUGAGUACAAGAUCAUCCCUGGCCAAUGCUGUGGAACGUGCGUCCAAAUUAACUGCGUUGUCGUGCUGCCAAACUCGAAUAUCACACACACAAUAAAGCCUGGCACCAUCUGGACCCCUGCUGGAAACCCCUGUGACAGGUAUGAGUGUGUGCAGAUCGCUAAUCAGCUCAUCCCCAUCGAGACCAAGAUCACCUGUCCUCACUAUGACCCUAAGGACUGCAUACCGGGAACAGAGACCAUCGCUCCAGACGGAUGCUGUCGUGUCUGUAUUUCCAAGGGUCAGCCAUGCAAUGUAUCCACCACUCCUACGCACCUGGAGGUCCAGGACUGCCGCUCCAAAGACCUGGUCAACGUCACAUCCUGUAGUGGAGCAUGUGGCACCUUCACCUUUUUCUCUACCAACAUGAGAUCCUUGCAGCACAAGUGCUCCUGCUGCCAGGAGCUAGCUACAUCAGAGCGUAAGAUCCAGCUCUCCUGCCCUGACAACACAGAAAUCACCUACACCUACACUCAGAUCGACGCCUGCGGGUGCCUACCGACAGAGUGCGCUGUGAUUGGCCAGAGUAAGGUGGAGUCCACUGCCGCCAGCGCCAAGUCACGGCGAAGCAGGAGAUAAGGCAAAAACCUGGACAAGCACAUGCAACGACCACUCAUGUAAUGAGCAUGCAUUCAUAGGACCAUGACUUAACAAUCAUAACUAAAUCAGUGUCAACUGUAUCUGCAUACAUGAUUCCUCUAUUUAUGUUUAAUAACUUUGCUGUAGUUGUAGUUUGAUAGGAUUAUCAUUAAUAAAGAUCAUACUGUAGUCG